CGAUAUUUAUUUUCGUUUAUUAAUUAAUGGUGAAAAUGAAUAAGGGACAAAUGUGUCUGUGAAAAUUCCGCUGCACUAAGUUCAUACAUAAAAGUAAAAAAUCAUGAGGAAUUUUUUGAUUAGACUGGGAAAUUUAACCAUCCAACGUAACAGCCUUAGAUCUAAGCAAUCAUUUUAUCGCUGUAAUGAAUUAGUAUCACAAUCUAAGCCCUUAAAAAAAAUAUGUGAUCGCAAUUUCUGCACUAAAAUUGCCGGGAAAUCGACGGAAAAGGAAAAGGCCCAUUGUAACGUAGGCACGAUAGGCCAUGUAGAUCAUGGUAAGACAACACUCACUGCUGCGAUAACGCGAGUUUUGUCACGCAAAGGUUUGGCGGAAUAUGUAGCGUAUGAUCAAAUAGAUCGAGCACCCGAAGAAAAGGCCAGAGGUAUUACCAUUAAUGCCUGUCACAUUGGUUAUGCCACACAGCAACGUACUUACGCCCAUACCGACUGUCCUGGACAUGCUGAUUAUAUAAAAAAUAUGAUAUCCGGUGCCUCACAAAUGGAUGGCGCUAUUUUGGUUGUGGCCGCUACUGAUGGGCAAAUGCCUCAAACACGUGAGCAUUUGCUGUUGGCAAAGCAAGUCGGUGUAGAACGUGUCAUAGUGUUUGUUAAUAAAGCCGACUUAGUUGAUCAGGAAGUUUUGGAAUUGGUUGAAAUCGAGAUGCGUGAAAUGCUAGGCGAUUUCGGUUUUGAUGGCGUUAGUAGCCCAGUGAUAUACGGGUCUGCGCUGUUGGCUUUGCAAGAUAACCCUUCACCUUUCGGGGUACCGGCUGUAGAAAAAUUGCUAAAUUACAUUGAUAGCUAUAUUCCUACACCGCAACGCGACAUCCAUGCUCCUUUUGUAUUACCAAUCGAUAACGCUUUUACUUUGCCCGGAAGAGGUACUGUGGUCGUUGGAACAAUUAAACGCGGGACACUCAUGAAAAAUGCUGAAUGCGAUCUCCUAGGCUUUAAUCAAAACAUUAAAACAACAAUUGGUGAUAUACAAAUAUUUCGAAACAGUGUACCAAAGGCCGUCGCUGGUGAAAAUGUAGGUGUGUUACUACGUAGCGUGAAAAUAUCAAAUGUGGAACGUGGCAUGUUGUUAUGUGCCGCGGGCUCGGAAGACAUAUCUAAUCAUUUUUUGGCUUCUAUGUAUUUGUUAUCGCGGGCCGAAGGCGGCCGUCACAAACCUAUGGUCUCCAAAUAUGUACAACAGCUGUUCAGUGUUACGUGGAAUUUACCGGCACGUAUUGAUAUGAUACCCUUUGAUGGGAUGUUAAUGCCAGGUGAACACGCGACCAUAAAGUUGACUUUAUUACGUCAAAUGGUGAUGACGAAAGGACAGGCUUUCACGAUACGGGAAAAUGGUGCAACCGUAGCUACUGGCAUGAUCUUGGAGCGUAAACCUUCCGUGGAAGUGCCUAAAAAUAAACUUUCUAAAGCCGCUGUAACCACUGAAUGAAUGAAAAUAAACUUUUUGUUGAAUAAAAU